CAGCUGGAAUGAGCCUAAGGGAGGUGAAACCCAAGUGUAAGACAUAUUCAACCCUGGUCUUUAUUCAGAGGCCAAACUAGUUUCUAAGGGGGGGAUGGGAAGAGGGUGGUCAUUAUGAGGGCAUUGUUUUGGAGAAGAAGCAGUCACACAGACAAAAGCUGCUGCUACCCUUUCACGGUUCCAUAUGUCUCACCGUUGUUCUCUUAAGCUGUUUCAUAAAGUUUCAUCCUUAAAAAGUUUUAUGCACUAUGCCCACCCCCAGACUUUUUUUGGGAAUGAACUGAGCGAACUGUGAGAAAGCUACUGUUGCCCCUGCACAAACGCAGGAAGCAGGAUUUCGUCUGAUGCCACAGUCAUCUCUGUUUGCAACAUAGCUCCCUAAAUAAUCGCCCUGGAAAGUGGUAAAGGCUCAUGUUAGCGCAUGGAGGGCGAGGUCUUAGGCCAGCGGAACCUUAAAAACCCGGUUGGAGCGGAAUGCAGUCGGGGCGGAACGCCGGAAGGCCGCUCCUAGGCUGACUUCCGCCCCGCAGAGGCCUUGCCUCCACCCCCACCCUCCACGUCCGCCCAGCUCUACUUCUGCGCAGUCUCCUGGAAUUGUUUGCUGUCGCUAUGGCAACCCAGUAGCUUGGGUCGGAAGAUGGACACCAAUGAGUCUGCUGAGGGAUCGCGCCUGCGUUCUUCGGAAAUACAGCCCAGCUCCGGAGGACCAGGGUCCACUUCGGAACAAUUUCCUUCUUCGGAUGGCCGUCCUAGGACUGCCCUGGCAGCCGCAACCGCGGCAGCUGUAGCGGCUGCAUCAGCUGCAUCAGCUGCUGCCGCCGCCAAAGCAGCUGCACUGUGUGCACAGGGCCAGGCGCCCUAUUCCGAGUUCACAGAGCCUUCCUCUGACAGUGUUCUGCAACCCAGCUUUGCCCACAAGAUAGACCAUGGGAGUCUUGGCAUUGAGCCCGCCCAUGUUUCCUGUGUGGCUCGGGAUGCCUGUACUACAACCGACCUUAGCGCUAGCCCUGGCCUCCUGACUGGUUCUAGCACGGGUCCUGCUCCUGGCUAUAGCCAUGGCCUGAUUACUAGCUCCAGUUCUGGCCCUGCUCCUGUCUUCAAUUCAGGUCCUGGCCAAGGCUCUGGUCCUGGCCAAGGCUCUGUCCCCGGCUCCAGCUCUGGUCCUGGCCAUGCCCCUGGCCCUGGCACCAGCUCUGGUCCUGGCCAUGCCCCUGGCCCUGGCACCAGCUCUGGUCCUGGCCAUGCCCCUGGCCCUGGCCCCAGCUCUGGUCCUGGCCAUGCCCCUGGCCCUGGCUCUGCCACUGGUCCUGGCCAUGUCCGUAUUGGUACCUCUAGCUAUGGUCCUAGCCAUGGUUUUGGCUCUGGUCGAGGCUCUGGGCCUGCCUCUGGGCCUGGUCCAGGCUCUGGCCCUGGCCUCAGCUCCAGCACUUCUCCAAAGUUCAGAAGUCUCGGAACAGACCUGGUCCCUAAUUAUGCCUCCUGGAGCCACCAGUGCCACUGGGAGCCUCAGAAACCACCACAGUGGGAAUCUCUGCAAGUCUCAGAACCUGGCUCCCGCGGCCCCCGGAAGCCCUCAGAGGUUGAAAGGAAGUCCAAGGUUUUCAGUGAAGCACAGCCGCGGGGCCAGUGUCUCCUCUACAACUGGGAGGAAGAGAGAGCCACCAACCACUUGGAUCAAGUCCCACGCAUGCAGGACGGCUCCGAGAGCUUCUUCUUCCGACACGGACACCAAGGGCUGCUGACCUUGCAACCACAGUCACCCAUGCCCUCCAGCACCACCCACAAGGACUCAUACCAGCCCCCGGCCAGCUUCCGGCAGCCACUUCGAGGGAAGCGUGAAGCCAUGGUGGAGACGUUCCUGCGCCAUCAGAUCUGUAAAGAGGGACGGGCAGAGCAGGAGCCUACCACCAGGAAGCUCUCGGAGGUCGAGUCAGUGACACACCAUGACUACCGAAUGGAGCUGGUGCGGGCAGGGCCUCCUGCCCCAACCAAGCCUCAUGACUACCGGAAGGAGCAGCCCGAAACCUUCUGGAUGCAGAGGGCACGGCAGCUGACGGGUGUCAGUAACAUCAGGACGCUGGACACGCCAUUCCGGAAGAACUGCAGCUUCUCAACGCCUGUGCCCUUGUCUCUGGGGCAGCCUCUGCCCUAUGAACCUGCGAGUCACCCCUACCAAUCAGCAGAAAUGUCUUCCCUUGCCUGUCAGGGAGGAGGGCGGGGCUAGAAGGGGGGAGAGUGACUCCUGUCUAGGGGUUGGGAAGGGAAGCAGGACAUGGGAUAUGGAAUCUCUGGACUGGACAGCUGGGGAGAAAGUUAGAGUUCUCUGUGCUUGAUGAAGGGGGCCUUAUAUAUAAAGGGUUCUCUCCUCCUGA